GUUGCGUGUCGAGCAUAAGCCGGCCCGGCAGGCGCCGGUGGUUGCCGACACAACCCAUGUUCGACGCCGACGCGCCGCAACCGAUGGCAGACUAUUUGUGGGGUGAAAGUUAACGCCAUAGUAGCUCAAUAAUCUAAGAAACACCGAGGUUCCGUGACACGCGCCCAGUUCUCAGGAUGAUGAGUAGGCUCGUUUGUGGUUAUCGACAUGUUUUGUGCAGAAGACUUGAUUCAACGACAGAAGAAGUGUUGCAACUGUGUGCAUAUACUUAUAUCUAGCAUUCUUUGAGUUCACUAACGUGUUUGUGAAACAGCACCGACACACGUCUUCGCGCCCUGCUUUCCGUUUUGAUGUUUACGUGUUAAGCACCACAGAACAUGAGUACAUCGGCAUUCCUGCUUACGCCGCGGGUGUCUGCAAAUGGCGAGCCGGUUCCGCUGCUGGUGGCCAAGACGCACCCAGUGUCCGCUGAGGAGGAUGCCCACUCUGACUCGUGUACAGAGAGCUCUGUGCGCUCCGAGCCGAGGCUGAGUCUGGACCUGGACGCCAAGGCGCUCGGGGUCCCCGGCGGCAUUCCACGCCUUCCCGACUACGCGAUUCCGCUGCAGCCCAAGCUGCUUAAGCAAAUCAAUUCGAUGCACAGCAAGGAGGAGCUGCUUGCGUUUGUGGGACAGUGCUACAUCAUCCUGGACCCGAUCAACCUGGUGACGUGCGUGUACAGGCUGGCACGAAUGUUCACAGGCAUCCGCCAUCCAGAGUCGCGCCAGGCGUGGAAAACGGAGCUGUCGGAGGCGCCGUCUUUCCAAGUGCUGCUGCGCACCAUCCAAUCGCAUAUGCUGGCGGCGCAGAUGCACCCGCCGUACUCGCAGGAGGUCAAGGGCAUUGACGCGCGGUGCGUGUCCAACCUCAUCUGGGCGCUGGUCAAGCUGGACCUGGCUCUGGAGGUGGGCUGCAUCGGCAACGAGGUCAUCCUGUCCAUCUCGCCGCUGGUGCUGCGGCUGCUAGGCCAGUCCAGCCCGCAGGGCCUGGCCAACCUGCUUUGGGCGUACGCCAAGCUGGCGGAGCCGCCCAUCGAGGUGAUUGCAUCCAUCAUGACCCAGAUGACCGACAUGCUGGCGCGCGACCAGACCGGCAACCUGUUCGACGCACAGGCGCUAUCCAACAGCAUCUGGGCCGUGGCGCACGCGCGCAGCAAGCUGGCCAACUUUGACGGCGUGUGCGGCCCGCCCGGCGCCGUGAGCGCCUUCCUGGUGGCCAUCGCCAUUAGCGCCAACACCAUGCUCAAGGCGCUGUACACGCGGCUGGACCUGGCGCACCUGUCCGCCUUCCUAAACAACGUGGAGCACAAGUUCUCGUGCCAGGCGCUGGUGAACAUCGUGUGGUCAUUCGCCACCAUUUUGGGCGAGGAGUGCGGCCAGCACCCCAUCAUUGCGCAGCUGUUCACCAACUCGCGCAAGGAGGCGAUCAUCCGGCUGCGCGCCACGUACGCGGCUCUGCAGACGCAGCAGUCGUGGGUGUACCACCUGCCCGGCGGCUUCAACGAGCAGGCGCUGUCCAACGUGGUCUACGCCUACGAGAAGGCCGGCCUGUUGGACCGCGAGCUGCUGCAGUGGGUCUUCAGCGUGGCCACGCUGCGCCUGGACCGCCGCGACGCGCCGCCGUCCUUCAAGCCGCAGGAGCUGUGCACGCUGCUGCGCGCCGCGCACCUGGACAUCUGCGAGCCGCAGCCCUUCCUGGCCAAGCUGGCGCGCAUCGUGCAGACCAUGCCGUGGAUCGUGCGCAACUGGUCCACCAGCGAGCUGAACGAGCUCAGCCGCGCUCUGGGGCUGCUGCAGCCCUCGCUGCUGGCGCAGCAGCAGCAGCAGCAGCACCACCACCACCACCAACAGCAGCAGCAGCAGCAGGCGGCUCAUGCUGCAGCGGCAGCGCAGCAACAGCAACAGCAGGCGGCGGCCGCGGCGGCGGCGCUGCCGCUGUUCAACCUGGCGGCGGCGGGCGCACCCCUGGACAUGCAGAUGCUGCUACAACUGAACGCUCUGGUUGCCAGCAUGAACAACGGCUCGGGCGGCGGCAUGGGCGGCGGCGGCCCCCAGGUCGUCAACGCCAGCCUGGCGGCGGAGCUGCUUGCGGCCGAGCUGCAGCAGAUGACCCUGCAGAACGCCCUGGCGCAGCAGUUCAACGCCGCGGCGGCGGCGGCGGCCGCGGCAGCGGCCCUGCCCGCCUACGGCGGAGCCGGCAAUGCCGCCGCUGGGCGCAGCAGCGGCAGCGGCCGCGGCAGCUUCGAGGGCUCACCGUCGGGCAUGUCGUCCUCGUCGUCGUUCCCGCCGCACCGCCUGUCGCUGGGCGUGUCCCCCAGUGACCCCGUGGUGCAGCCGCAGCAGCCGCACCAGCAGGCGCAGGCGGCGGCGGCGGCUUUCAACACCAUGCAGGCCAUGCAGUACGGCGCCGCCUCGCGCGCGAUGGGCAUGCAGAUGAUGCCCGCCACCCCCAACGGCUGGUCCUAAAUAGGACCAGCGGGGCGGCACCGGCUUGUGCCGGUUGGCGGUCAUCGCACGCACCUGCAACGGCGUGCGACUGCUCCAAUGGACGCGGUAAGACCAGACAGAACUAGUUUAGCGCAACAAGGAAGAUGCAGCAGCAGGUUACAACGUCAAGCAGUUCGUAGCACCGGCAGCACCGGCCACGAACAAUACAUCCAUGCACAUACGCGAGAGUGCAGCCCUGCCGCCGUGCGGGGCAUGCGCUCGCGCGCGUGUGGCUGGCACCCCCUCCAGUUUUUUCAACUUGCGGCGGAAAAGGAGGAGGUUCAUGAGCAGAUGUGAGGAGUGACAUUGGCGCCCGGCCUGCGUCGGGCGCAACAGCUUUGCCGAGAGUGUUUUGGGCCGCGUUCCCGCACUAUUGAGGUGCGGCCGGGCUCCCUUCGCAGGCGAUGAAGGUAAUAAUAAGCCGACCCUGUGGUUGCUGGUAUGUUGACAGCUUGUUGACAAAAGGGCUUUCAAUUUGUGCCGCUCUGUGAUUUGAUGCCGCUGUCUCUGCGUUGCGUCGCGCUUACCGCGACCAGCCCCCCUGUGCUGGCCACCCGCCACAUAUUGUUGGGCACCAUUUCGAAGAUCGUAGCGCUGGGUGCCCGUGGCAGUGUGGUUGGCGCAGGGCGGGUAGCAGAUGGCAGGGCUCGCAGCCCUUCCAGAACUUGGGAGAGGUUACAACCGGACAACGCCUUGGCGCGCAUGCCCCAAUAAAUGACACGCAACCGCGUGCACGCGUGGAUUGUGUGAUGGAGAUGGUAGGGAGGCACAGGGCUGUGCAGGGACCUGUCAACCGGUGUCGUUUGGUUACAAGUGUGGCCUGUGCGGGUCGCAUUCCACCAUUAUCGGAGUGGGAUGGCGCAGUUAUCCCCCGUCUGCCGCGCACCGGGCAGGCGCUGCCCCUGUGCCAUGUCCUUGUGUACCGCCUCCAUGCCUGCACAUAGCUGCUGUCGCCGAGGGCCUAGUUGUCUAGUAGUGUAGUUCAAGAUCUUUUCAGGACUGCAAACCAUGCCUCAAAAUGUCGAAGAAGGAUGUUGGCAAAUCUUGGGUGGAUACCCAGAGUCAGGUUCCGCAUUUGUUGGUUGCACGCGGUGGCGGUUCAGUGGUGGCCCGCUGAGGAUCAGUUGGCUGUGUGGUGGUGACAGUGGUCGUAGAUCGCGAUCCAUCAAGAUUGAGGUCUUGAAAGUGUGUGCAUAAUGCUUAUUUUUGCGCGGGAUGUGCUUGCAAGUGUGCAUCCCGAGUCCCGGGCUGUGAUUGGAUGAGGGGCAUCGGGAAUCAAGAUAUUGGCUUAUAUGCCAAAGCACUUGGCCCGGCGGAGAUGGAGAACGGGAAGAGGAUCGGAGAAUGGAAUAUGGUACGCGGCCAGGUGGUAGUUGGCGCGUACCUGGGAUAUACGACGCAUUUACAUUCAGCAGCAGUGGGGGGCCAAUAUGCUUGCAAAGCGCUAUGACUAAUUCAGACCAUUGAGCUGUUACGAGACACAGUGGUAGACCGUCAUUCCAGUUCCUUGGAUGGGCUUUGUUGACAGGUAACCCAAGUAUGUGUGGUACAAGAGCUACCCCUCCAUGCUCGACACGUGCUGAUCGAAAAGUUCGUGCAUAUGAUACGUGCGUCCGGGCAUAGUGAAGCAGUUGGCCUUGUCGUAAGCUUGCUGGCAAGGAGAAGCACGGCUGGGGGGCUGGUUAUUUGAGGAUUUCCCACACAGCUCUGCCGGGCACGCUUUGCUGGGGGCGCAGCCUCGCAAUGGAGGCGGCCCGCACGCAGCAAGGCGGUCACGGGCUGAAGAGAUGAUGCCAUGGUAUUUAGUGCCAGUUGAUGGGUGAUGGUUGGGACAGUCAUGCAUUGCGCUUAUUAAGGAUUCCGGUUGCGAAGAAUGCGUGUUCGCGCAGGACGGCGGCUUGCUGGUAACUCAGGGGCCGCAAGUCAGGCCGUGGCCAGGUUACACGUGCUCCAGCUGGCAUAGCUUUGCACGUGUACAUCGGAUGACAGAUUUUGGGGAGUGGACGAUUGGACGGCAAUGCGAGAGGUCAGGCGGCAAGGCGCGACUGCUGUGGCGCGCGGUGGAGGCAGGGCAUGCCCACAGAAGUGAGACGUCUGUUUGCAAGUAUCGAUUCUUUUGUUUUGGUGGGUAGGAAGCACGAACACAUCCCUCCCAAUAGAUAUUGGGAACGUGCAUGGUUGGCGAGAACGCGAAGUGAGAGCGCAACCGGCAAACAGCCCAAGGUUUGCUUGCGCAACCUGGCGAGCGGAUGAUGACGCGGGGACUCGUGGCCCGCACAGGAACUUUGAGAACUGGCCUGACGCGCCGGACAUGCGGACACGCAAAUAAAGGAGUCCGGCGCUGAGGUGAACUUCGUGGUGACCCUAUUGAUGAUGAGUUGUGUAGGUGUUUAGUAGUCAGGUCAACCCGACCCUCCCGUAAUAAAGUGAGAGGAAUAAACAGACCGCGCCGUAGUGUGCGGAGGAGUGGGCGAGCGCCAUGCCCGGCGCAGGUGGGAAGUGGAUGUGGAUGCCGCGGCGCAUGUGAGGGUGUAGCGGGCCGGAAUGUGGGCGUGAUGCGAGAUAUAAACGUGAGUCAAGGGAGCACAGUCCGAGUGUCCCCAAGCCCGCGAAGCUUUCUGCCACACCUGAGCUGUAACAAUAACAUCAU